AUGCCAAAGAAAGCACACACCCGUUUAGAAGAUACUUUGACUUCUCCUAAAACACUUCCUUUACUCCAAGACAUUCUCUACUGUACGGCCCUUGCUGGAAAAGCCCUGGUCCAAGAUGAGUUUUCUCUUUGUUUCCAUCAGACUAUCGAUGAAACUAAGCCUCCUAUCACUUGUUCUUAUCUUUUGGGUGUCUUCUUUCGUUAUAUGGUCUUGUUUCCCUUUCGAGUUGUUUUUACCUUAGUUUCAAUUGUAGCGGUUGGUUUCUUAAUUAUACUUACUAAAGUAAUUGGACUACAAACUGUCUCUAAUUGGUCACUAAGUAAAGGUUGCCAACUGCUUCUCUGGUGUAUGGGUCUGCGUGUAACUCAUUAUGGCCACAAACCUAAACUGAAAAUUCCGCAUGUCUUUGUGGCCAACCAUACAACGUAUUUAGACUAUUUAGUACUGAGCAGUCAUAAAUUUCCCCAUUCAGUGAUUGCUCAGAAGCAGCCGGGGGUUAUGUCUAUGCUUUUGAAACUAGUUAGUGGUGCUAUUGAGUUUGAGCGUAAAGAUAAGUCUAAUCGGCAGCAGAUUAAAGAGAAUAUUGGGCAAAUAACUAAGUCGGCCUCUCUUUUGAUCUUCCCGGAAGGUACUUGUGUUAAUAACGAGUAUACUGUGAUGUUCCAGAAAGGAGCUUUUGAUUUGCACAUUCCAGUUUGUCCGGUGGCUAUUAAGUAUAACAAAGACUUAGCUGAUCCGUACUGGAAUACUCGUAAGCAGUCCUUUACUAAGCAUUUUGUUUAUAUGGCUACGCGUUGGAAGACUGAGGCUUCAGUUUGGUGGAUGGCUCCUAUGUCGGUUGAGUCUAAAGAAACCUCAGCUGAGUUUGCCUCCCGAGUGAAGCGCAAGAUAUCGGAGCGGGCUGGACUCAAAAAUCUUAUCUGGAAUGGGUACCUCAAGCACUGCAAGACUCCUGAGGAAAUGAAAGAGAUGAAACUCUGGGGUGGCUUAUCUACUCCCCUCUUUCAAACCAUCAGCCAGCGCCAAUAG